AAAAAAAAAGGAUCAAGUGAAAGGCGAGGCGGAAGUACCGGCCCGCGUUGCUUGCUAUCGCCGAGCAACACUCAGCAAUCGGGUGUUGCGAGCCAACAAACUGGCCGCCCCUCAGGCUCAGACGGGCUGCACUGUUGCAAGAAUUUCAGAACGGCCCGCCAUAUUGCCUCUCCAUACGCCGGUGAGCGGUCGAGCGAAAGACCAAGUCGUCAAUCGAACCAGCACGUUGGAUUCAGACACGUCCAAGACCGGUCUUCGCUGGUCGGCCUCCGCCGAGAACAUCCACCCUGCCAAAGAGAAAAUACCACUUUACACCCUACGAGCUGAUUCUGCUGCUGCCCUCACCGGUUAUCAUAAUCAAAACUGGUACAUCCCGCCACCAUCGCAAAGGAUUCCCACCAUAACCGAAGAUCUGACGCCAGAACAAACCAAGGAAACAUUGAAUUAUUUCCUGCUAUGCGGCGAGCGUCUCAGCCAAAUGACGAAGACGUAUAAUGACGUCGCAGCGGUCACGCGCCUACUCGAAGAGAAGGAGAAGGACCUGGAGUUGGCCGCCCGAAUCGGCCAGGGCCUACUGACCAGGAACAAGGCGCUUGAAGAGCGUUUGGUUGCCGUCGAAGGAGAACUGACGAAUGCCCAUGAAACAGUCACCCAAUUGCGGCAUGAUCUCCUCCUCAAGGGCGAGCUCUUGCAGCUCUACAGCAACGAUUUGGACGACAGCAGUCCGGAAGGCGUGAGAGCUUUCACAACUGACUUACUCCAACGUAAAGUUAAGGGAUUGGAAGAUGACAACCGCAAAUUGCGGGCGGAAGCCUCCCAGCUGGCCAACGAGUCUUCGGAGACUGAACUUCGCGAAGAACAACUGCUGCACCAAGUCGUCGCUCAACUAGCUGAAGCCAAUAGCCACAUCAAAAAUCUGGAUGAAGAACUGGCCAAUAAGUAUGAUGAGACGAACAAACAUCGCGAAGAGAUUACCAGCUUGCUGGGCCAGCUGGUCAGCCAACGGCACAAAAUUCGUGAGCUGACACUAGAAAACGAGGACUUGACUAUGCAAUUGCACGUGGUGCGUGAAUGCCAGAACGAACUGGCCGUCGAAUUGUCUGAAUACAAGGACAAGUAUGCUGAGAUCCUUGAAUUGCUUCACGAAACGCAAGAGCAAGUGAAAGAGCAAAACAAGCGGAGUCUUCCUACUUCUCGCGGUUUGGCCGGCGCUUCUGCACCGCCCAGCAGAGCAACUUCACAUUAUCACCCGGAUUCUUUGGCCUCGGAAUUAGAACUCUCUUCACUCGGCUCGGAAAGUUGGCCAUCCGAGAUUAGUUCCACGCCGCAAACCCUCCCUUCUCGGUUUCAAUACCAGCGUGUUUUCGAUACGGUCCGGUGCGCAUCAAUGGCUGGCGAGCCAAGGGUGCUAGCAUCGACACCGACGACUGAUGGGCCUCGAAUGCCACCCCGGCUUGUGGUCAACACUCCGAUAGCCGAAAUCAGUCCGUCUUUCCAGAAGGCCCAAUCUGUGCUAGAGAAACUGACAGCAACGUCGGAAACAGACUACCCGGCGACUACGAAGGUGGGCGUACCAGGAACGCCGGGAACGGUCGAUUUAACCCACGCACUACGUCGAUUGGCACCCAAAACUACUGUUACUGGCCCAUCUCACGAUGGGCACGGUUGCAGGACGCCGGACAGUAUCAUGUCAACGGGAAGCCGAUCUGGGUUUAGCAGCCUUAAUUCUUUUCAUUAUCCAGAAAAGCUCAAGAUCAUUAAACCGAUGGAAGGUUCCAUGACGCUGCAUCACUGGUCUCGCUUGGCCACUCCGCACCUGGGCACGCUGUUGGAAGAGAGACCCGGUGUGGCGACGCGGGAAACCAAGUCGAAACAGAUGGACGAUUUCAACUAUCAACGGGAUUUCCUAGAAAUGUACAGUUUGUUUGACGUCGAAGAGGAUGAGGAGAUGGAAACGUUGCCCGGCAAAACGUUCGACACGUCCGCACCUGUUUACACGUUGACCAAUUCCACAGCGACGCAUCCCAACAAUUUGACGAGCGUCACUUCAUCGAUGCAAAGUGCUUAUAUGACGUCAUCGGUCGAUUAUCCUAGUCUAAAUCAUUCAGUCAAUUCGGUGCAGUCUGGCAAUCGAUCAGAAUCCGUACCCACUUUACCCUCCCAACGCAGACUAGUCGAAGCCUUACAUGAAAGAGGAGUUGGCCAUUCGAUCGUUGGGUGGAGUGGCCUGUCGACCCCCAACAACAGUCCGGGCUGUACGUCGCCAGAUGGGUCAUCCUCUCACUUUCUCCACGAAACGUGGGAAUUCCUAGCCGAAGGAGCCAAAAUGAUAAGGCGGACGUUAACUGGCCAAGAAACGCCCCUCCCAGCUCGUCGUUGUGUUCCUCGCAUUGCACGGAAAGAACUUGAGACCGUCUCGCGGAUGCAUUUGCUGGAUAAGUUGGAGAAAUUGGGUCUGGACGAAGUGAACCAAUGCUUUACUCCUGUGUCUCCCACAACGCUGAGGGUCGCGUUAGAGAAUUUGACGUACGCAACUGACGGCCAUCGUGACGAUACAGAUGCUUGGCAGAGCAACAAAGACGGCGUUGCCAAUAGUGCGGUGUUGGAAUCGCGCAGUCCCAUCCGCAGGAAUUUGUCGAAUUCCAGCGUGGAGAACAUGCCCAGCCCGAAAUUGAGCCCGAUGCAUCGAUCGUCUUCUGUCGGUCUCAACAUGAUUUGUGAUCUCGGCUCGCCUCCUAGCGUUGCAUCCAACUUCGACAUCCGUGCCAAGUUCCAAAUCGUUUGACAACAACUUUGUUUGGUUCUUCAUCCCGCCAUGAUGAAAAAAAAAACGCCGAAAGUCGACUACCGGAUGUCUUUUGAUAUCGCGGACAUUUACCGAGAAAGAGACAGAGAGGGUUCGACGAGAGUUGGGUUGGGAAAUAAGGAAAGUUUCAGAAGAAAAAAAUGAAUGCGUAACAAUCAGUCGUUUUUCUAAUGGAGCAUUUUUGCGAUUUCCUUUUUUUUUUUUUUUUUUAGUCAUUUAUAAAUAUUGCGUUAUGCACAAGGGAGGCAGAAAGCGAGAUGGUAGUGAAAAGUCGUAUUCAAAUAUCGAUGAUGACGUCGACUUUGGUGUUUGGUUACAAAUGACGUGCCAUCCGUUCCGGCGAAAAUUAACUAGUUCAUUUUUUUUUUAAGGAAAAGAAAAGCGUUAAAUCGCAGAACUUUAAAACAGUAUACAUUUUUUUUUUUUUUCGUUUCCUUUUGCUUUGAACUUUUUUGGAAAUUGGAGAUUCGUGGGUAGCCAAAACGAGAGAAGAUGUGCUGUAAUCGGGUGGGGAGAACCGAAUGGAUAUCGUCGACGGGCCAACAUUAAAUGAGGCAAUUUGACAAGUGCCGUGAGCAGCUCAAGUUAAAAAUUAUUUUUCAAUUUCCUGAAACAAAUUUGGUGCUCUGUUUAUGUCGUUACGUCAUAACUGCCAGAUGGGAGAUCAUUGCGUGUACCACACAUUUUUCACUACGAGUUUAAAAAAAAAAAGAAACACGGAAAGGCAACAGAUUGUGUAUCCGGCAUGCCAAUUCGAGUGUCAACACCCUCGCAGCUGCCGGACGUGAAUGUAUGUGUGAAAUCCUUUUUUUUUUUGUGAAUGUCUGCCUCCUAGUAUUUUUCCUAAAUCACCAUCGGAUGAAAUGGAGAUUGCCAAUCGUGUCAUCGAAUUAAAAAAAAAAAAAAAAACUAAAAAACACAAAAAAAAAUACGUCAUAUUAUAGUAGUGCUUAUUUCUAAUUCAUUGAUAUUUGGACGUUUAUGUUGCCUUCACAUUUUUGUCGUUGUCUUGUCUGAUGCGUCUUUUGUUGUAGAUCUCGCUUUGUCGUGCUGCUAUUUAAUCUGGGGGAUGAGGCUGUUGAAAAUACCUUUGCCCCCCCCAACUAAUAAUUAAAUAAAAAACUAAACUUAACCUACCCCCAACCCCGUAUGUACAUAUAGCACCUCGAGCACAGGUUUAUAUAUUUUUUACAUUUCGUUCCCUUUAUUUGCUCCCCCCGCCCCAUGUUUAUUAACAUACCGAUCUUAUACGCGUUUGUGUUAUGCUUUACAUCCCCGCCCAAUCCCCUUUUCGUCCUGCCAUAUUAAACAACAAAUACAAUGAACAUUUUUUGCGA